AUUUUGAAAGUGAUACCGAGAGCGCAGUGCAGCGCUCGGCUUUAAAAAAUAAUUAUGAAAACAUGCAGAGAGAGAGAGAGAGAGAGAGAGAGAGCAAGACUCGGAAACCUCGAAAGGCGAGAGGGGGAGAGAGAGAAGAAAAGCUAUUGGCGGAGGAGUGUUGCGAACGGCAAACUCAGCUUCAGCACCGCUACUCCUGUUCCCGCCAUCUCACGUGCGUCAUCAAUCAAACUCAACUCAAAACACCACUCUCUAGCAGGUAAUUAAUUAAAACCCAACAGCAUCCAAUCCCCAUAUUAGUUUUUUAUACAACCAAAAAAAUUUCAAAGAACAUCCUACUAUUUAUUAUGUCUUUGAACCCAUUCCCACUGUUUCACAAACCAAAAACCAUAAAACGACAACAGAUCGAAAUACCUGUCAGAAAAUAUCUGCUCCCCUGUAAUUAGCUCUAAUUCUUACCGGAAAUAGCCGGUCGCCGUCCGGUCUCCCCAAACCCUAUGCGCAGCUGCACUGCGACCCAGAAAGAAAGAGAUAGAGUAUGAAAUUGCGUGUGUGUGAGAGUGAGUGAGUUGUGGUGUAUGAAGAUGCGUUCGAGAGAACCCCCUAAAUCCCCGAGUCCUCACCUAUCUUAUAUUUCCUCUCUGCAAUUUUUGAAGCUCACAAUAUCAUCAUAGCCUCUCAUUUCAUCGUCACCUGUCUUCUUAUAUUUUCCUCUCUGCAAUUUUUGAAGCUCACAAUAUCAUCAUAGCCUCUCAUUUCAUCAUCACCACAUCUCUUCCUCUCUCCUCCGAAUACCAUUCCUCUCUCUCUCUCUCUCUCUCUCUCUCUCUCUCUCUCUCUCUGGAAAGAACUAUUUAAAUUAAGCUUCUGUUUAUGGCGGAGGGGUUUGAGCCCUACCAUGUGCCGCAGCAGAGCAGAAGGGACAAGCUCCGGGUUUUGGGUCAGACCCACCCGUCUUGCGUCGACAACCUUCACGGCUGCGCCGGUCUGCUCCCUCUCUACGAUCCAUCCCUCCUACCCUCCGAUUUGCUAACCUGCGCCGGCGGCGGCGCCCACGAGUUCCACGGCCAAACCAACCCGCUUUCCCUUUCCGGCGAGGCCUGCAAGGCGAACUCCGGCGGCGUCGUGAAGGAAGAAGGCGCCAAUUUGAUGGGCCUUCUCGCACAUCCCCAGUUCUUGGACUUGCAAUCUUCAAUCCCGAUAAACCCCAGCGCGAUUCAAGAUGUGAACAUUAACAACAACAACCCAUUUCUUUACGCUUCCCAAAAUUUCAGAGAUUUGGGUGAGCAGUCGUUUAAUGGUGUGGGGUUUAAGGCAGAGCCCUUGUCAUUGGCCCAUGACACUAGCAAUUCUGGGCAAGGAUUGUCUCUAUCUCUGUCUUCUCACCAUACCCAUCAGAGCAAUCUCCCUCUGGAGCUCAAUCUUCAGAGAUACGGGUAUGUGGUUCCUGGCAUUGUUGGAGGGAGUAGUUCAACUUCGAAUGAUGUUUGCAGAAGUUGGGUUCCUCUUGGGCCAUUCACGGGGUAUGCUACAAUUUUGAAGGGGUCGAGGUUCUUGAAGCCCGCACAGCAAUUGCUGGAGGAGUUCUGUGAUGUGGGUCGAGGGAUUUACGCUGAAAAAAUUGCAGCAGAUUCAGCCUUGAUGGAUCCUCCCAUGGAGAGUUUAAGCGCUACUGGAAUUGUUGACGAUCCGGCUAGCGGUGUAGACGGGGGUGAGCAUAGGAGGAAGAAGUCAAAGCUGAUUUCGAUGCUUGAUGAGGUUUACAGGAGGUACAAGCAGUACAGUCAACAGUUGCAAGCAGUGGUACAAUCAUUUGAGUCUGUUGCUGGUCUUGGUAAUGCAGCUCCCUAUGCGCACUUGGCUUUGAAAGCCAUGUCUAAACAUUUUAGGUGCCUAAAGAAUGCAAUUACGGACCAGCUUCAGUUCACAAACAAAGCUCAUGGUCAGAUGAGCCAAGGAAAAGAUGAAGCUCAAAGGUUUGGGAAUGCUGAUAGAAGCCUUUAUAGCCAAAAGCCUGUUCAAAAUUCAGGGUUUCUUGAGCAUCAACCUGUUUGGCGACCCCAACGAGGACUUCCUGAGCGUGCAGUGACAGUGCUCAGGGCAUGGUUAUUUGAACACUUCCUUCAUCCUUAUCCUACUGAUACAGACAAGCUAAUGUUGGCCAAACAGACUGGUCUAUCACGGAGCCAGGUUUCCAACUGGUUCAUUAAUGCAAGAGUGAGACUUUGGAAGCCGAUGGUAGAAGAGAUACACAUGCUAGAGACACGGCAGGCUCAAAAAGCUUCUCAAAGGGAGGAGCGAAAUGCUAACAGGCUAAAUGAUCAGUUACAUUCUGCAAACUCACUUGCAUCUGAAAACCCUUCCAUUUCCACCCACAGAAUGCCGGACAGUACUCAGUCUAAACGCAGUAGAAAUGAGCUUCCAGAUGUACCAAUGGAAAGUGAGGAACCAAUGGACUUGCCAUAUAACAACUUAUCAAAUCAUCCGCAUGUGGCGGCUGGGGCAAGCACCGGAGGUGGAAGCAGUAGUGUGUCUCUGACACUUGGUCUCCACCAGAAUAAUGGGAUUGGCUUAUCGGAGCCCUUCCCUAUUAAUGCAGCCCAACGUUUUGGACUCAGUGUCGAUGCAAAUGGUGAUGGAUAUGUUAUGGGCAGCUUUGAAUCACAAAAUCGACCUUUUGGAAGGGAUGUCAUUGGAGGACAACUUCUGCAUGAUUUUGUUGGCUGAAAGAAUGCUCAUCUUCUCGGCUGUCUAAGAAUCUGAGCAUCUUCUAAUUGAACAUUAUACUGUUGAAGUCUCAAUUAGAAGUGCUUUAUCACCUUCCACAAUAUAAUCCAAGCCAAACCUUGAGGCAUGAUGGAAGUGGUUGCCCUUAUAUGAUGUAUAAGAAGGUACGCUCCAUUUCUAAGUGUAGAUAGUAUAUUUUUUCCACAUGUUUUGUAAUCUGGGUAGAUGUGAGUGAUCCCACGAUGAUGAUGAUGAUGAUCAUACGAGAUAAAUUGCUUGGUGUAACAGGAUAAUUAAAUUUAUAUUUUGGGAAAUGAAACCAUGGUGAGUGCCAACCUAAUUGAGGUUAGACUGAA